AUGCAGUGUCACUAUAAAUAGAUGCCACUCCUGCAGCAGCGAUUCCCUUCUCUGAGUGAACUGCUUGGCUUUGAAAAGGCGCCGAAAUCAGAAGAAAUUUUCAAGAUUUUAUGGCUUGUUUUGAAAUCCGUCCACGAUACCCGAACACACAUGCAUUAACAGCUGAAUUACUGCAGCACGCCUCCUCAGCCUUCAGUGCAGUUUGUAGAGAGAUACACAGAAACCUGGAGACAAAACGGCAUGCGACCGUCCAUCUCCGCGAGUCUCGAGCCUGGGUUGGAGCGAGGGGUCCCCUGGGGUCGUGACCUGUACACCUUUGUAACUUCAGCAGCAGGUCACAUGAUGAGGACCCUGCAGAAACCCAAGAAGAACCGACCAUCCAAGCGGCAGGUCAACCACCGUCGCUUCCUGCACAACAUGAUUCAGAGAAAAUUUGCAGAUAUUGAAGCAGCAAACCAGCGGUUGGCAUAUGCUCUUUAUUUUAAGGAUGAGGACAAAGGUGUUUCCUCUCUGUCAUCACACAAGCCAGAUUCACCUGACCAGUCAGGUAAUCCAUCUCAAAGUGGCAGUCCACAGGAUGCCGAUAAAAGCAGGCUUCAAACAGGUAUAGAUGGCACCUCAAAGUCUAUCAGUGUUUCCUCAAGUCAAGUAAAUACAAAAAGGAAGCAGACUGAAUCAGGGCAUCUUUGGAAACAUCAGUCCAAAUCGCAGUCCUCCACCUGCAGAGCUACAGCGAACAAACAGAGCAAUAGGAUGCAGGAAAAGGGAAACAGAGGUCAUAAACUGGUGGAAAUUAAACCUAUUAGCUCCCCAAGAAGUUCUGACUUGUACGGGGCAGAGCUGUUUUAUUUUAACAACGAGAGUGAGUCGAAGCCAGCCGACAACCACCAAGAAGACACAGAGUCGACUACAAAUGACUUCAUUCAGCUUGGCCAAAAUGUGGACAUCUCCCCCUCCUUCUCCCCAGAGUUAUCUCCAUUGUCUCUUGACUCUUGUGAUUUCUCCAUUCAAGUGUUAACAGACCUCGCGGGCUGCGCGCAGGCUCAGAAGAGCUACUCCAACUUCUCUGAGGGUCAGCUGACUGACAUAAUGGAGCCCUUUUCCAUUGACAAUAAGGACUUAGGGGACUGUACUGACAUAGAGGCAUAUUUUGAAAGCAUUUGUGCAUGCCAUGGUGAUGAUGAUGAUAUAUUUGGAGACCGGUCACAUAACUUUACCGAGGUGGAUGAUCUCCACUGUGAAGGUGAGUGUAGGUAUGAAUAUGCAUAUGCAGACCAGGGACUGACCUCAGACCACUUCCAGGGUAACCACAGUAGCUCAGUGACCCUGAGACAAGGUGCAUACACGGAAGAGGAACAAUUUAACACCUUUAAACUCUGUCAAAGUACAGACAUCAACCAGAAGCAGAUCCCCUCCUCAGUCAGCUACCACUACAACGCCACACAGCUUCAGGCGUACCAGUGUUCUCAGGAGGAGAGCACCUGUAUGCAAGUUAACUGUGAAAAUAACCUACAGUUUACACCAUUUGAGGGAGUUGCUCAGUCCUUCACUGUCCCACUUAACAACGCUGAGCUCCGCCCCAUACCAACACCGCCUCAGGAAGACAACUGGCUGUUUACUGAUAUCCUGAAGGACAGAAAGUCACCUAGUUACUAGGAACACAUGCCUCAUCUUCUUAAAGAGAAUCAGACUCAACCGGUCUCAUACCUGAGAAGAAAAAUUCUCAAUGACUUCUUGUUUUUUCUUUUGUUUAAAGUAAAGACAACUUUAAAGACAUUACAACUUUUUUGUGAACACAUUUAAAAUGCUGUCCUUUUUGUUUUUUGAUGUUUUGCAUUUACUGAACAAUUGCCAGCUAAGUACAAAUACACAAGUUCUGGGAAAUAUGCAGUUAAACCAAACAGGUUCAGAGUAAAACUAAAGAAAUUCACUCUGUGAAUGUGCAGUCAAUGGCCACUUUAUCAGGUAUAGGGUUGGAUCACUUUUACCUUCAGAUCUCAUUCAUCAUGACACGGAAACCUAAUCUGAUGGAUUGCAUAACAGCGGACAAACUCCAAUCAAGGCUGGUCUGAUAUAAAUCUAGAAAUGUAUUUAUAUUAUUAUGUAUGUAAAUUUAUCCUUAAAAACUGGGAAUUAUGAGGAAUGAAGAAACAGUAUUUGUGACAGCUAGAGUAAAAAACUAAUGUAGAGCUGUGUACGUCAAUUCUUCUGUCAAUUACUCUGUUAAGAAAUCUUACAUUUCUAAAUACGUUCAAGAUGGUUUUUUUAACUUUUGAAAACAUCUUUCAGACGGUGUCCUUACCAAGUUAUAAGAUUUAUACUUCUAAUUUGUGAAUGCACCAGCUUUUAGAUCAAAAACAUCUGUAGAUGCCAUUCAUAUUACCUCAUUAUUUAUUUAUUUAGCAUUUAUUAGCUUACAACAAAGAUCUGAAAUAUUUAUUCUAGAGGAAAUGCAGUCCUUGGUUAACAUUCCCCUCCCUGAGCCACAAAGGUACCCAUAUUUUGUAGUUAUACAGUACUUACCUGGGAGGUCAGUCCAAAUCAAUUUGUUCAAGAACUGUUUUGCAGUAUUUAUAUAGAUACUGUAAAUAACUAGUCUAGGUUCUUUCUUGUAUACCAAACUUUAAACAUGCUUGAUUAGCUUUGUGAAUUUUUAUGUCCAAAAUGUUUAUGAGUUGUUAUGAGGUGUUUUGUUAAAAAGCAUGCUGGCAUCACAAGUUCUUUUUGAAAAGGAGUUUGUGCAUUUGCCAUAAUGUGACAUACAGAUGAUAAUUAAUUAUUAAUUACCAAGCAACGAUGAUCAGAUUUAACGUUUUCUUGAAUAAUCAAGAUUGUAGGCCAGGAUUUCACACUGGAUGAAAAAAAAAUAUAUAGUUAUUUAGAAAAUGUUGCCACAUUUUUGACAGAUUAGGCAUUUGUACUGUCUACACUGAAAAAAAAUAACCCUGCUGGAUUAACAUUAAAAAAUAUGUACAUAGUUUUGUCAACCUUAGUGUUUUAUGUUAUAACUGCACACAUUUUUUUUUUUGUAACAUGAACAUGAUUUUUUUAUGUUGUUGUUAUGCUUUUGACAGUGAACUCAUUAGUUCUCUGGGUUUCCUGUUGCAGCUAGCUGCGAGAACUAAUGUGAAUUGCAAGACACAUUGAUCAUUGACACUUCGAACGCACCUUGCGGCCCGGGGUUCCUCCCGGGGCUACGCCUGUCUGAGCAUCGCUUUGGAAUCAAUCGGAGACAUCCGAGUCUCCGUGGCUGAGGCAGUCGCAGGCGGCCUUCGGGCACUGCCUUAGGCCCCCCAAGCGCAGACCGCCCGGGGUGCCUGGUGCGACGU